AUGCUCCCACCCCUCACCACCUCCCCCUCCUCCAUCUCUCUUGACAGGCCAAUAGCGACAGGCCCGCGGAAUCAGCGACAUGUGAAGCUAUGCACUCGUGGCUCUUGUCUACUCCGCCAUCUAUUACCACGCUCGCUUAGUACAUAUCGAUUACCGAGUCUCAGAGAUUAUGAUUCACAUACAUAUGACAGGAGGCGUAUGCUUAUCCUUGCCUUCACCUGUGGAUGCUAUCUUUUCCAUCACCGCAGUGGCACUAGGGUAUACAUAAGUAGUCAAAGAUCUGCCGUAUGGAGCCUCGGAUCCUCUUCGCCCGAAUAUUCUUUUUCUUCCAACCCGCCCCCUCGACACGGAUCAUAUACAGAGCUGGUGGCGACGCCGGCGUAG